UUGAGAGGAGUAAGUUCAAAGGUGAAGGAAAUGAUGGUUCCAAUAUUUAAUUUCUAUUCUAUUUAUUUAUGUUUCAGUCUUGUUGACAUGGCAAAUGCUGUUCAAGUUAAUCCCUACUCUGGAGAAAGGCCAGAGUAGAUGUAAAAAUGUCUGGGAAGACUGGGAUGAUGCUUCCCCAAGUCAAAUACUUAAAACAGUAGUUUUUGUUUAUAAUGGAACUCACAUCUUUGCCUAAAUUUCUGUGGACAAAUGACAACAAACUUCUUCAUCACCAUUUUCCGGAUGUAUUGGCUACUGUUCACACCACACAAGACAUUCCCGAAGAAGCUGUUUUUGGACCAUGUAUGCUCCAAAACACCCUAGUGGACACUGUAGCUUUUAUUGCCCUCAAGUGUUCUGAAAGACGGAGCAUCCAUUACGUAUUCAAGGUGGAUGUUACGUCUGUGCACAGUCCUACAGGGCUGCCUUGGAUGAGACUUGUACAAGCAGCUGCCAAUAGCAAGGAGCAAAACUUAGAAGCUUACUUAGAAAACAGUCAGUUAUAUUAUCGCUCUACCAGGAAAAUCAACAAAAAUGAGGAGCUGCUUGUCUGGUAUGAUGAGGAGCUUUCCAGCCUCUUGGGUUUCAAUGAGAUAAAAGCUCAAAGUCCCCAAAAUGAGCUGAGAUGCCAAGAAUGCAACCGAGUCUUUAAAUGUGAGCAUUCGUAUCUCUCCCAUGUCCGCUUCCUAUGCGGACCAGAGAAGAGUGCCCUGCUAUGGAGAAACUUCCAGGAUGGCAAGACUGAAAAAGGCAACUUAGAGGACCAGACCACAAAUUUCCACAGCCUGGCAAGGGAUCUAGAGGUCAAAAUGGCAGCUCAUAAAGAUGAUGCCCAUGGUCUCACUGGAGAAAAGAGAGCAAAACUAGAAGAGGCUGAGAACAACAGGAGCAGAAAAACAGUGUUGUUGGAGAAAACAAAUAACCUGAGUGAGGGACGUAACUGUGGGGGCAAGGAAGAAGUUGGGGGAGAGCGCUCACUGGCAGGUUCUUUCUGGAAGCCUAGUUCAGGGAGGCAAUCAGCUAGGAAGGAUGCUUUUGAGCAGAAGCAGAGUGCUUUCACUGAGGUCAGGAGGGUGAAAGAGAAGAUGAGGAAUGAGAAACCCAAGGAAUCAGAAGAGGAGGAUGACACAGUCCCAGCUAGUAAGGAGCAGGUAUCAAAGGAAGUGUUGCUGAACUCCUCUGGCAGUGCAUUCUCCUUUGUGUGGCCCACCAGAGCCCGAGGAGAGCAGAAGAGUGCUUUCAGCAAGCCUAGUAAAUGUCUAGCAGAAAGAGCUGCAAUAAAUUCUUCUCAUCCCAUGAGUGAGUCACCAAAGAGCCUGGGGGAGCUGUCCGGCUUCAUUGCCACCACAGACAUCAUGUGCUGCAGCACUCUUCUCAAUUCCAAGUUCUUCGUCAGUGAUUUGUGUAAUGCUCAGAUGCUGCAGACUAGCAUCACUCGGAGCAAUGUUUUCCCAUAUACCUCAGACCUGUGGUCCAAACAAGCAGGAGGACAGUUACAAAACACAAGCACCACUUCUUCCUCCUCCUCCUCCUCUUCCUUGACUCUUCUUCCCCCUACCUUCACGUCAUUUGGAGUGGCUGCCCAGAACUGGUGUGCCAAAUGCAACCUGUCCUUUCGCAUGACAUCUGAUUUAGUCUUCCACAUGCGGUCACAUCACAAAAAAGAAUACUCCUCAACUGAAUCCCAGAGCAAGAGGAGACGAGAGGAGAAGCUAACAUGUCCAAUUUGUCAUGAGUACUUCCGAGAACGCCAUCAUUUAUCCCGGCACAUGACCUCUCACAAUUAGAGCUGUGCAGACAGAUCUCACCAAGGGACUGGGCAGGUUGGGUGAAGAAGGGAAACAUUAUUCAAUUGUAUCAAUUUCUUUUUGCAGUUACAUUAAUUUCUUACAGGAGAUCACUGUUUACAGUAAUUUAUAAUAGAUGCUUUGCAAAAAAUAUAAAAUGUUUACAAAAGUCUGAGUGGGUUGUUAGAUCUGAAAACUCAACCUAGCCCUUUUCAAUCUAUUUUUGAGGAAAUAAAGUAGUGAAAUGAAUGCACAUGCAGUAUUAAUUUGCAAAGAGUUGGGAACAAAGGUAUCAUUUUUCAGAUAGAGUUUGCUUUGCUUGUAUCUGAUUUGCUGGUGUAUGUGCAGUACAAUGUAAAUACAGAAGUAACACACUCUUUACUGAAUGUGGAAUCUUUAAACACUAAAAAAAAAAAAAAAAAAAAAAGUGUUUAUAUGCUUAAAGAAAAUAAGUUACUUUUCCUAGUUUUCCUAGCAGCUUUGGUGGACUCACUCCUUUGUGUUAGCUGAAUUUGCUCUCUUAUCAGAUUCAUCUCACUGUCUCCUUGGCUUUGGAAGGGACUACUUAAAGUUAAGACUACCUGAAAAUAGUGGUUGUCAAAAAGUGACCAACACACAGCCAAAGAGGAUGUGAGUCGUAAAUCAGUACAUCUGAGUUCUGUUCUAUGCUCUGCCGCUUUUGAAAUAUCUUACACAAAACCAAAUCAAGAUGGAUCUGCAUCAAAAUGUGACCUGUUGUCAACACAAUCAUGUAGACAGGGAGCGCAAAUUCUUCCCUGAGGUGUGCUUGCAAAAUGUGUGUGACUUUGGUAGGCAUAUAGAUCGGAUAGGGGCAGAGUUUAGCUUGUGGUUUUCAGUUUCUGGAUAUACUAAAGAAAGUACCUGGGAUGUCUGAGUUACUGCUAUCUACUGGUAGACAGAAUCUGCACCCUUUAAGUCUGGAUGAGAGGCUCUGUUCUGCUGACAGCUAGAAGAGGAACAUCCUUCAGAAAAUGACAGAAGCAUUAAUUGCAUUGGAUGAGACCAUCUCUAUCAUUUGCUUUCUACAUUGGCCAAUCCAUCCAUUUUAAAGAAGAUGCCAAAGUCUCUCUGUAGCCAGUCUAUAUGAGACAGUUUUCCGUUGCCUUCUUUGGUUUGUGCUCUGCUUAAUCUCAAUCAGUUUAUAUUGCUUGAAGGGGAGGGGAGGGAAAGCAAGAACCCUGCCUGUUGUUACUGCAGCUCAUCUAAUUAGCCCUUCAUUACUUUCUAAAUCCAUUUAGGGACUUUCUCUUGAUAGCUUAUGACAACAUGUUAUUCAAGUGAACAUUUAUGUCUCUCUUGAAGGGGAUUUUUUUAAGGCUGUCUCCUGUUUUUGUGGCCUGUCUCUGAGCUUCAUCUGCAGUUAUUCCCUUUCAGAAAGAGAAUUGUUAAAAACUGCUUAUUUCUCAAAUAAGAGUACCCCUAGGAUUUGUAUAGGACAUUACAAUAUACUCCUUUUAACUUCAUGCUGAUGAUACAGUCCAGUGUUUGUCUGCAGCACACUGGACAGAAUUUUUUAUUGAGUUCCCAUGAUGAUGCUUAGGUUGAUAAUGCAAGUAUCGGACAAGUGACAAGAGACAGCCCUAGAGUCUUAGGCUGUCAAUUGGGAUCAACAUAUUACCCUCAUUGCCAUCUCUUGGGAGAUUUCUCUAAGUCAGAGACCAUAUUCUUAUAUUAUUAUUUUAAUAAUAAUAUACUGUUUGUUAUUAAUACAUGGCUGUUUCCUGUUAGCAUAAACAUUUGACUUAUUGUAGGCCAGUCACCGGCUGUGCACUCCAGUUUUAUUUUCCCAACAUAAAGUGAUUAAACCUUUACAUUAUGCCUUUGAGUUUAGAGGACAUAAAUUGAGACUGGAGGUCUGGUUGGACUGCAACACAGCUUUCCCAGGUCAGUGGUGGAACUUCUUUCAUUGGAGUCAUUAAAAACCAAAGUGAACAAAAGCUUUGAAACAUGCAGCACAGGGAACAACCUUGCAUUGAGUAGGGGAUGAUGUGGUUUCCUCCUAAUCUUUCCAUCUCUAUUUUGUGUCCAAUAACAUUUACUGUGUAAGGAAUAUAUUUAUGGCAAGGUUUUACAGGCCAAAUUUCACUCCAUCUGGUUUUAUCUGGGUGCCAGCCAGUUUACUGUGAAGUCAGUGUCCAUAAAGUGUAAUAAAGGACUCCAUGGUGUAACUGCAUUCAUAUGUGGUUAGGGUUAUAGUUCCCAUUAGUAGUUUAGGCCAGAUUGUGAUCUCACUUAUUCCAGUGCAAAUCCAGAAUAAUUCCAUGUUGCUACUCCUGAUUUACAUCAAUAAUAUUCAGAUCAGUCUGACCCUGUAUGAAUAAGACUAAAGAUUUAUUUAUUUAUUUUUCAUACCAUUACUGCCAAAUAUUCUCCUCUGUGCUUUCUAUAAAAUGCUGUUGUCUUAACAGUUGUAUGUUAGAAACUUAGCUUCAGAUUUCUUCUGGAAAAAGACAGGAGCAGCUACGCAAUGCUUCCCUGUAUUAUGUUGGUUCAUUGCUUCACCACUCCAAGGGCCUGUUUUUCCAGUGCGCUACACUUGGUUAUCAUUUAGGUCAGAAUGAAGCAGUAUCUAACUGGCUACAUGGUUUCACUGAUUUUGUGUUGGUAUAAGUGAUACUGGGAAAGCGUGGAAAAACAGCCACUGAUAAAAAGCUGCUAAAUCUCCAGAUUUCUUCCAAUGGUGUGUUAGAUCUACAUCCUCAGAGCUCUCAUUAGUAAUUAAACUUCAUUCUGCCCAUCCUGUGAGGCUUAAGUAAGCAGCAAGACUACGGGGAGAGAGAGCUUUCCUUUAUAUCAUGAAGUUGUUUUCUUUGGUGAAAGAAAAAAAGAAAAAAAAAAAAAAAAAAAAACAGCACAAAAAAUGACCUAUAACCUAGUUUCUUUGUGGACAUAUCUCAGCCACAUAACUUAGAUACUGUGAUGACAAACCCUGUAUAAAUGCCUUCUGUGCAUAGAAAGAAAAGAGAAACAGUUACAAAGAGUGUCAGAGCUGAUUCAAAAUACAAAAAUGAAGAGGAGAGGUUUCUAACUAGCUUUCCCUCUGACAUUGUCCUUAUCUCCUCCAGUUGCAGGAACAGCAUGGAUUACGCUAGCAUGUAAAGAUUGGGGGGUUUCCUCUUGCAAAACAGAAAUCCCACUACAGGGAAGCGUGUACUGUCCUUACCCCUCUUCAAAUGGCCAAUGGCACAAUGAUUGAGUGAACAAAUUGCUUUUUACACCGACAAUUACAGUGUUUUGUGAACUAAGACCUGUUUACACACACUACUGUCCAGUAUCACAUUCUUUUGCCAGCUACACCUGUGCUGACAUCAGAGCAAAAUAUCAUCGGCGCCAGCAGAAUCAGACCUUGAUUCCUAUGUGUGAAAUAAGCUCUUGUGCAAAGCCCCUCAUGCAACUGGGGGGAAUGUCUUUUAUGUGUCUCAUGUUUAACUGAGUGUCUCAUCUAAGUUGGGCUACAUAAACCCUUGCACUUAGCCAAAAUUCUGGGAGAUUUUAUUUCUUUAUAUGAAAAUAUUCAUAUUAAAGCUGAGUGAACCAAGGCAGCGCAGGCAGAAGGAAGCCUAACGAGACAAAGAAAAACAAACUUCCUGUAACUGAGUCAUGCUGGAAGCUUUUUUUCCUAAUGUCUGGAAAUCUGAACAUUUAAAUUGGUGCGCAUGAAAGGAAAUCCUGCUGGAAGAAAAGCACUCCCCUAGAUGUUCUUGAAGAAAUGAAGGGACUUAAGGAAUUCAUGAAGGACUGCAUCCAGUCCCAGUGCAAUACUGUGAUUUUACUGGAGGGAUCUUUGUCUUUUGUAUGACUAGAGAUACUUGGAGGAAAAAAAUGGAGAUGUGUUUCUUUAUCACAACCACACUCAGAUUUUUGAAGAGUAUGCAUGUGCUUGUUUUUAGGAGUAAGUUUUCACUAAUUCCUUACUGAAUCUGUGGGCUCCCUACAGACCACAGUUUGAAAAUCACUGGUCUAGGGCAGUUUUUGUGGUGUGAUCAAGGAAGACUGCAUUAGAAGCACUCUCCAGAGAGCAAGAAUGCAGCAUUCUGUAGCAAAAAACAAACAAAAAAAAAACAAAACAAACAAGCAAAUAAAAAACAAGUAAGCUGGCCGCCA